AUGCCCUGCAGUGCGGUAACGCUGUCGCUCGCGACGAUAUCCGCCAUCAUCGCCGUUGCCCUGUUGGCAAUCGCCUUCUCCACAGACAACUGGCAGAGCUAUGAGGUGAAGCGCACCAACAUACAGAACUUCAUUGCAAAACAUCCCGAUGCGGCAGCACUGACCGAUAGCUUCAACAACCGACUCAUCUACUACACGCGAACGCGCGGUCUGUUCCGGUACUGCUACCCGAAGGAACGUCCUCCAGCAUCGUCCGUGCAAAUCUAUCUUUCGCCGGUCGAAACGCACUGCUCCAACAUCGACUACUUCCCCGCGAACGAAGAGCACAAGGAGUCGGACUCGUUUACCGAUGACAUCAUGACCCGACUCCACCUGGCACGUUCCGUCAUUGCUGCCUUCAUCCUGAGCUUCGUUGUCAUUUUCUGUGCCUUCUGGACUGGACUGUCGGGAUGCUGGAAGCGUUCGGCCGGUGCCAUUACGGCUACCGCCAUCCUGAUGCUCACCGCCUGCCUGCUCGCCGCUGGUGCGAUGGGCUUGUGGCAUACGGUUGAGUUCUUCGAGAAGGAAAAGGUCGUCGGCGAGGAAUACUACCAGCAGUGGAAUAGUGUCCUGCGAGACAAUACUCGUCUGUCGUACGACUGGUCGUACAUUGUGGCCUGGGCCGGUGUGGCCUGCAGUCUGCUGGCAUCGAUCCUGCUGUCCGGUGCGGCCGUCUGUCUGCGGGGUGAACGCGAAAAGGAAGAACAGCUUAACCUCCAGUAUCUGAUGCCCGUGUACCCCCAAAAGCAGCCUCCCUACCCUUACGGUGGUUUCCCCCAGCCUCAGCUCUAUCCGCAGCCAUACUACCACGGAUCGCAGUACGGACCGUACAACUAUUGA